GCAGAGACAGUGACUUAUGACGAAGAAGUGAAGCCUCUGCUUCCACCAUCUCACACUAAAUGAAAACUUUUCUUAUAUAAAUAAAUAAAUGUGUACUACUGGUAAUUGAAAAGAGAGAGAGAGAGAGAAAAGAGCAAGUACACUACUACUACUAUUCCAUAGCUGUAAUGUUGCAGGUCUGAUUUUUGCAGACCCCUUCUUGGCACAAGCUCUUUUAACUUUAUCUUCUCAAAUAAUUCUCUUUCUCUUUUCUUUUUUACAUUUCUCUCGGAAACUGAAUACCCAUUGUAUUAGUGUGAGGCCUAUUUGCCAGAACGAUGUGAUUGAACACUAUGCCACAACCCCACAACCCCAAAUAACACCCUUCACUUCACAUUUAAUCACAAUUCCUCACUAAUUAUUCACCUCUUUACUCUCUCAAAUAUCAAUGUCGGUAACCCCAACAACUGCCUUUCCAUUUCAAAGGACCUGAGUUACUACUAUAAACAUUUUUGAUUUUGACACAGCCUUCAUUCAGAAAAAAACAACCAUGACACCAUUUUCACUUUUCUCUAAGUUACUUCUUCUUUUGGGGUUGUUGCUCUUCUACAGCUUUGGUCUUGUGGUGUCUGGAGAUGGUUCCGCAUUGUUGGAGAUUAAGAAGUCAUUUAGGGACGUGGAGAAUGUGUUGUAUGACUGGACAGACUCUCCUUCAUCCGAUUACUGUGCCUGGAGAGGCGUUACCUGUGAUAAUGUCACCUUCAAUAUUGUUGCACUUAAUCUUUCCACUUUAAAUCUUGAUGGGGAGUUGUCUCCUGCAAUCGGACGGCUCAAAGGCCUAAUAUCUAUUGAUGUAAGGGGAAAUCGCCUUUCUGGCCAGAUACCAGAUGAGAUUGGUGACUGUUCAUCACUGAAAAACUUGGACCUAUCCUUCAAUGAGCUUUAUGGUGAUAUUCCCUUUUCCAUAUCAAAACUUAAGCAACUGGAAUAUCUGAUUUUAAAAAACAAUCAGUUGAUUGGACCAAUUCCAUCAACAUUGUCACAGAUCCCAAAUUUGAAAGUCUUGGACCUGGCUCAAAAUAGGUUAAGUGGAGAAAUUCCUAGGCUGAUAUACUGGAACGAAGUCCUGCAGUAUUUGGGACUGCGUGGUAAUAACUUGGGUGGAUCACUUUCUCCUGAUAUGUGUCAGCUCACUGGCCUGUGGUAUUUUGAUGUUAGGAACAAUAGUUUGACUGGUUCCAUUCCUCAAAACAUUGGCAACUGUACUGCCUUUCAGGUUCUAGAUUUGUCUUAUAAUGAGUUGACUGGAGAUAUUCCUUUCAACAUUGGUUUCCUGCAAGUAGCGACCUUGUCUUUGCAAGGUAAUCGCCUUUCUGGGCAGAUCCCUUCCGUCAUUGGAUUGAUGCAGGCUCUUGCAGUUUUGGACUUGAGCUGCAAUAUGUUGAGUGGAAACAUUCCUCCAAUUCUUGGGAAUUUGACCUACACAGAGAAAUUGUAUCUGCACGGGAACAAGCUAUCUGGUUCCAUUCCUCCAGAGCUUGGAAAUAUGACAAAGCUACACUACUUGGAAUUGAAUGAUAACCAACUUUCUGGACGCAUACCACCAGAACUUGGAAAGCUAACGGAGUUGUUUGACUUAAAUGUUGCAAACAACCACCUUGAGGGGCCCAUACCUUCCAAUCUUAGCUCAUGUACCAAUUUGAAUAGUCUCAAUGUUCAUGGAAACCAAUUGAAUGGAACAAUUCCACCUGCCUUUCAGAAGCUGGAAAGUAUGACCUAUCUGAAUCUCUCCUCCAACAACCUCAAAGGCCCAAUUCCAAUUGAGCUUUCUCGUAUUGGGAAUGUAGAUACACUGGACUUGUCAAACAACAGGAUCAGUGGUUCUAUACCUUCAUCCCUCGGUGAUUUGGAACAUCUUCUUAAACUGAACUUAAGCAAGAACGAAAUAAAUGGAUACCUGCCAGCUGAAUUUGGCAAUUUAAGGAGCAUCAUGGAGAUUGAUCUGUCAAGCAAUCACCUCUCUGGUCCCAUACCUCAGGAACUUGGUCAGCUUCAAAAUCUAUACUUGCUGAAGGUGGAAAACAACAAUUUAACAGGCGAUGUAAUGUCAUUAGCCAGUUGCCUUAGUCUAAAUGUCCUAAAUGUCUCAUACAAUAAUCUGGGAGGGAAUAUUCCAACAGGCAAUAAUUUCUCUAGAUUUUCACCUGACAGCUUCAUAGGAAAUCCAGAUCUGUGUGGGUAUUGGCUCACUUCUCCUUGUCAUGCAUCUCAUCCAGCAGAGCGAGUUUCAAUUUCUAAAGCAGCUAUACUUGGUAUUGCUUUGGGUGCCUUGGUGAUUCUUCUGAUGAUACUGGUAGCAGCAUGCCGGCCACAGAGUCCCGCACCUUUCAUGGAAGGAUCUAUUGAUAAACCAGUUAAUUACUCAUCUCCGAAGCUUGUGAUCCUUCAUAUGAACAUGGCACUUCAUGUUUACGAGGACAUUAUGAGGAUGACUGAAAACUUGAGUGAGAAGUAUAUAAUUGGUUGUGGAGCAUCAAGCACGGUAUAUAAAUGUGUUCUGAAAAAUUGCAAGCCUGUAGCUGUCAAGAAAUUGUACUCUCACAACCCACAAUACUUGAAGGAAUUUGAGACUGAACUUGAGACAGUUGGGAGUAUUAAGCAUCGUAAUCUUGUCAGCCUCCAAGGAUAUUCUCUUUCUCCAUCUGGCCAUCUUCUUUUCUAUGACUACAUGGAAAAUGGUAGCCUUUGGGAUUUGCUUCAUGGUCCUACCAAGAAGAAAAAGCUUGAUUGGGUUACUCGCCUUCGAAUUGCAUUGGGAUCAGCUCAAGGGCUUGCAUAUCUUCACCAUGAUUGUAGCCCUCGAAUAAUCCACCGUGAUGUUAAAUCAUCAAAUAUCUUGUUGGACAAAGACUUUGAGGCUCACCUGACUGAUUUUGGCAUUGCUAAAAGCUUAUGCACUUCGAAGACCUAUACAUCCACCUACAUUAUGGGAACCAUUGGAUAUAUUGAUCCAGAGUAUGCUCGCACUUCUCGCUUGACGGAGAAGUCUGACGUCUACAGCUAUGGAAUUGUUCUAUUGGAAUUGCUCACUGGAAGGAAAGCUGUAGAUAAUGAAUCUAAUCUACACCAUUUGAUUCUAACUAAGGCAGCAAAUAAUGCUGUAAUGGAAACAGUGGAUCCUGAGAUCACAGGCACAUGCAAAGAUCUUGGAGAUGUGAAGAAGGUUUUUCAGCUUGCCCUUCUAUGUUCCAAAAGACAGCCUGCUGAGAGACCAACAAUGCAUGAAGUAACCAGAGUACUUGAAAGCCUAAUGCCCGUAGCUGAAACGAAACAGCCAAAUCCAACCCCCUCACUUGCAUUGCUCCCAUCUUCUAAGGUACCUUGCUACAUGGAUGAAUAUGUCAACCUCAAGACACCCCACCUAGUGAAUUGUUCAUCCAUGAGCACUUCAGAUGCCCAGCUUUUCCUCAAGUUUGGAGAGGUUAUAUCCCAGAAUAGUGGCUGAAAAUAACAUGAGAGCAUGUUUCUUUAAUUUGGAAGGGAAAAAAAUCUUGAAGAACCAAGAUUUCUUGGAGAUUGUGUAAAAAAUGUAGUGCCAUUAUUAUAUUAUUAUUGUAGGUAGUUGAAGUAAGAUGAUGCAUAGUGGGCCAGGCUUCUUUUUCCACUACGUAGAAUGUACAAAUAUUUCACUUUUUACCCUGAUCAAAUUGGAAGAGGUAGUAGAGUAUUAAUUGUUGGUUUUUGGGACCACUGAUGCUGACUAUGGACUAUACUCUGUAAGAUUUUUGGCACACACUUUGAGGUGGCCUUAGCACUGCCACUCUGUGUAUAGCAAUAAUGGAUUGUAUUGUGGACCUAAGUUUCAGUCUGCUACUCUUUCUUGCAGCUGCUGUUAGUGCAUUCAAUAUUUUCUCAUUCUCCCUCUA